AUGUUGAUAGCUGUUACAAAACUUUUUUACUGGGAUGUCUGGUAUACUUACUAAAUUUGUGUAGCAAAAUUAAAAGGAUACAAAUCUACAGCCACAGACAAAGCUCUCUAUGAUGCUUACAUAGCCUGUGAUACUCAGGAUGCGACAGUAACCGACUGGGUAAUAAAUGAGCUACGAUUUCGUCUAGAGGAAAAUGGAGAUAAACACAUUCUGCUUUGUUUGGAGGAAAGGGACUGGGAGCCGGGAAAGGCUGUCAUUGACAACCUUGCACAGAGCAUCCAUCACAGCAGAAAGACAAUAUUUGUUCUAACCGAAAGAUAUGUGAAAAACGGGAACUUUAAAACUGCUUUUUAUAUCGCUCUGCAGAGGCUAAUGGAUGAGAAUGCAGACGUGAUUGUGUUUAUUCUACUGGAGCCGGUGCUACAGCAUUCCCAGUACCUGAGGCUGAGAAGGAGGAUCUGCAAGAGCUCUGUUCUUGACUGGCCUAAGAAUCCACAUGCUGAAGGCCUUUUCUGGCAAAGACUAAAAAGUGAAGUGCUAACUGAUAACAGCAUUUAAUGCAGGGCCCAGUCAUGCUCCGGUUGAUGAGCAAAACUCCCAUUAACUUCAGUCAGAGGGAGAUCGACUUGCAGUGGUAUGUUUCAUACAAUAAAGUGGAUCCAGCACAAGGUGGAGCUGAAUUUAAGGAGGCAAGUUGGCGCACUGAGCUGCAGAGAAGGUGCUUAAGCUGCCUCAACAGGGGCAGGAAGGAAGCGUAAGCAAUAUUAAAGAACUCAGCUGGUCAAGCUUUUGCUGAAGCUGUGCCAAUGGCCAUAAAUGGAGGUAUUGCUGCUUCCACAACCACAGCAUGGGAACGUUAAAGUUCUGUGGGCUGCAGUUGGUCUGGUUUGGAGCAUUAGGUCUCAAGCCUGUUUCCACAACCCUUCACCAGUGACAAGUAAUCUGUGAACCCUGGAGACCUGGCAAAUUGAUGUGACAGAGUGGGAGGGGGGUGCGCGGAUCUAUGUGUCAGUCUGUCAAUGUCACAUAGCCUUAUAAUUCCACUGUGCCUGUAACAGUGUGUCUGAGCAGUAUAAUGUCUCAGAAUCGGCAUCCCAACUAAUAAUUAAAACUGGUCUUUCACCAUGAUAGGUCCUGACUUCAGCAUGGGGAAGGAGAUGACAUGAUCAUGAAAAACAUAUCUUCACCUCUCCAAAAUCCAGUCCAAUCCCCAAGAUAACAUGCACCGUGUGCCUCCGACUAGGAGCUGAGACUGAAACCAGGCAGUCCCUUGCUUAUUACAUGAUCCUGAUCUCACAGGUGCUCAGCCAAAAAACCUAGUCACUUUGAAGUCUCUGAGCUCUCUUCCUUCCCUUGAUAAAUUGCGGGGGGAGGGGGCAGUAUGGGAGAGGGAAGAGAAGGACCUGCUGGGGUCCUCAAUCAUGUGAAGUUGGUGGGAACACAAAUCAUAUUACUUCCAGCCAUGAAGACAGUAACAUAUGAAUAUGUGUACAUUGUUGUAUGCAUGUUACAACUAUGUUGCAAAGCUCAUGCUCCAAUACGUCUGUUAGUCUAUGCGGUGCCACAGGACUCUUUGCUGCUUUUACAGAUCCAGACUAACACGGCUACCCCUCUGAUAAAUGAUACCUUGCAAAGCUAUCUUACUUAACACUCAC